AUGGGUCCGCAAGCAGAGGAUGUUUUCCAGACAUUUAGCCUUAGCGACGAGCAAACACGGGAUUUCAACUACGUCUUGCAAAAGUUCGAAGCCUAUUUCCUUCCUCGCCGAAACAUAAUUUACGAACGUGCUGUAUUCAACAGCAGGACACAAGGUGAUUCGGAGUCAGUUGAUGAUUUUGCUACAGCUCUCUAUAAGCUUGCAGAGACGUGCGAGUACGCGGUACUCAAAGAUGACCUCCUGCGAGAUCGCUUCGUUGUUGGAUUACGUGACAAGCACCUUUCAGAAAGAUUGCAGCUGGAUUCUAAACUAACAUGGGAAAGCGCCCUCACCAUAGCGCGUCAACAAGAAGCCGUGAAACAGCAGCAAGCCGAAAUCCACCCUGUUACUGAAACGGUAGGUCGCAUCACUACCAAACCAGAUAAUCCCGCUGCCAGUAGAAGGUCACGUUCUCAACAAGAACAAGUGCGACCAGGUCAACACUACGCAUCUGGGGAUAACAAAAGAACCGCUAAGAAGCAACCAACUUGUGGCUGGUGUGGACGUUCUCGUCAUUCUAGAAGCUCCUGCCCGGCUAAAAACGCCUCUUGCAAUAAAUACCACAAACGAGGACACUUCGCUGCGGUUUGCCGUUCAAAGGAUCAGCCAAGAGCAAUGCAAGGUUUCCUGGGACUUGCGUCAUCAUCUACUCCCGCAUCGACGUGGGACCUCGACGUCGUGGUGAAUGGAGUUUUGUUACCUUUCCGCAUUGACACAGGAGCCGACGAAUCCGUUCUAUCAGAAGCUCUCUUCAACCGACACUUCUCGGAACUGACGCUACGUCAACCACUUCGAGUACUCUGCGGUCCCGACGGGACACCGCUAAACGUCGUUGGAAUGGUAACACUACAACUUGCCUGUAAGGGCAACCAUUCCGAUCAAAACAUCUUCAUCGUUCGGGGACUGAAGAAGAACUUGCUGGGGAAGCCGGCAAUAGAGGACCUUCGUCUACUGGCUCAAAUUGACAACGUCAAAAAUAUGUCCGUAAACCCAAGAAAAGACUACCCGCAACUCUUCCGAGGCCUGGGAGUUAUUGAGGGAGACUACUGCCUUCGCGUCAAGUCCGGAACGAUACCCUUCGCCGUAACUUCACCGAGGAAGGUUCCACUACCAUUGUACGAAAGCACCCGGGAAGAGCUACGUGAGAUGGAGCGCUCAGGAGUCAUCUCACGGGUUGAAGAGGCAACUGAGUGGUGCGCGCCUAUGGUGGUGGUGCCGAAGAGGAACGGCAAGGUGCGCAUAUGCGUCGACCUUACGGAACUUAACCGGUUUGUUCUAAGGGAGUGGUACCCGAUCCCUUCAGUGGAACACACGCUGGGACGGCUGUCAGGAGCAAAAGUCUUCUCGAAGAUCGAUGCCAACGCAGGUUUUUGGCAGGUUCCAUUGAGCAGUGACAGUCGCCUCCUCACCACCUUUAUCACUCCAUUUGGUCGUUUUUGUUUUAACCGACUACCAUUCGGAAUCUCAUCAGCACCGGAACAUUUUCAAAGACGCAUGACUGAAGUGCUGGAGGGUCUGCCAGGAGUUAUUUGCCAUAUGGACGAUGUACUGGUGUUCGGCUCAACUAGGGAACUUCACGACGCAAGACUUCGCGCUGUUUUGGACAGUCUAACAAAAGCCGGAAUCACGCUAAACUCCCAGAAAUGCGUCUUUGGAGUGGAAACUGUUGACUUUCUCGGUAACACUAUUGCGGCAGAUGGCAUCCGCCCCAACAAACGAACCCUGGAUGCCAUCACGAACAUUCCUGCCCCGACCUCAAGAACGGAGCUCAGACGUCUUCUCGGGCUAGCGACGUAUCUCGGACGUUUUGUGCCCCGCCUUUCAGACCUCUUAGCACCCUUGACUUCCAUGCUGAGCAGUAAAAGUGAAUUCGUGUGGGAGGAGCCGCAACGAGAAGCUUUCCUGCGUUGGAAGGAAAUACUGUCUUCCUCACCCGUCCUAGGGAUUUACGACGUAAACCGCGAAACUAUAGUUUCUGCCGACGCAUCCUCCUACGGCUUAGGUGCAGUCCUCCUGCAAGAACAAGAUGAUGGGUCGUUAUGCGUCAUCGCCUACGCCUCCAGGACCCUUAGUGACACUGAACGUCGCUACGCUCAGAUUGAGAGAGAGGGGUUGGCACUCGCCUGGGCAUGCGAUAGAUUUCAAGAAUUCCUGAUCGGCAGGUCGUUCCGUUUAGAGACUGAUCAUAAGCCGCUCGUGACGCUACUUAGCACAAAGUUUUUGGACGACCUCACGCCUCGUCUUCAAAGGAUAAGAAUGAGACUCAUGAGAUAUUCCUACACAGUUACGUACGUCCCAGGAAAACAACUCAUUGCUGCCGAUGCGCUCUCGAGGAACCCAGUGCAGUCAACGGGCCCAUCGAUACUCGACCGAGAAGUCGGAGCAUACGUCCGGAUGGUGGAAAGCUCACUGCCUGUCACUUCGAUGAGCAUCAAAGCUAUCAGUACAGCGCAGAAGGACGACAAAAUUUGCCAAGCACUUAUCAAGUUCAGCACGAUCGGAUGGCCCUCUCGCCGCGAUCUUAGCCCAGAAAUGAAAGUUUACUGGGAGUGCAGAAACAGCAUCGCCCUUGCAGAUAACCUCCUCAUGUUCAAGGACCGGAUUGUCGUACCAGCCUCGCAUCGGAAGUAUGGGCUGCAGCAGAUACACAGCGGCCACCAGGGAAUGGUGAAAUGCAAAGCAAGGGCUAAAGACAGCGUUUGGUGGCCAAGUAUAGCGCAGGACAUCGAGAACUUCGUUCGCAGCUGUAUUCCCUGCACUGAACAUGCGGUGAACCGAAAGGAGCCAUUACUCCAAACACCGUUCCCCCGGAGACCUUGGCAAAAGGUGGCUAUGGACCUUUUUUUCAUUAACAGACGAUGGUGGCUCAUCGUAGUAGAUUAUUACUCUCGAUUCCCGGAGAUCGUCCCGCUCCACAACCUUUCAUCGGCGACGGUGACAGAGCAUUGCAAAUCUAUCUUUGCGCGUCAUGGAAUCCCAGAGGAGGUCAUUUCGGACAACGGACCUCAGUUCUCCGGAGAGCAAGCAUCACAGUUUAAGAAGUUCGCCGAGAUGUACCAGUUUCGCCACGUCACAUCAAGCCCUCGGUACCCCCAAAGUAACGGCCUCGCGGAAGCCGCUGUAAAAAUCAUCAAGAAUUCAAUGAAAAAGACUGGCGACCCCUACGAGUCACUACUCGCCUACCGGUCAUCUCCUCUGCAAAAUGGGUACUGUCCCUCUGAACUACUAAUGGGUCGGAGACUUCGGACAACCAUACCGACUCCUGACAGCAACCUUCUGCCUAAGAUCCCAGACUACAACGAGUUACAACGGAAGGAGCUGAUGCUGAAAAACAGUCAGGCAGCCGCCUAUAACUCUCGCCAUGGGGUUCGACGUUUACCGGAACUCAACAAGGGAGAUAAGGUCUGGGUCAUCGACCUCAAACGUCGGGGAAUCGUGGGACGAAGGGCCGGCACACCACGGUCGUUCUGGGUGAAGACAAACGGAAAGGACGUGCGCCGAACGAGGAGUCACCUGGUGCGCUACCACUCCUCAUGCGACCAAGAUGAAGGGAGACUUCCAGCAUCACGGGACGUGCAGUGUGAAAGUUUUCACGGAGCACUGCCAUUACAGGAGACUACACCCGGGAUAGAACCAACGUCUACACAUGACACAGACGACUCGUCUGUGGCCACUGGCGAUUCUACCGUUAGGCAAGGGGAAAGUGCUUCUGAGGAAAAGUGCAGGGACUCGCACCAACAUACUCGGAGUGGGCGCUGCAUCAAACCACCUCAAAGACUUAAUUUGUAA